GUCUGUGUGUUAGAUUGACAGUGUUAGAGUGGGGAGGAGCAGUAGCCUUGCAGUCAGAGGAGCUAGCUAGCUGCCUGGAAUAGCUGUGCUGCCAUGUGAUUCGUCAUGGUUCUAUUUCAGAACGCGGCUGGUCCCUACACCACCAGCACUUCCACUGGAGGAGUUAACAGAUAUACCUACUAAUCACUCUACUAUGCUCUCUGUCCGUCUCUCUUCCUCUCUCCCUCUCUUCCUCUCGCUCUUCCUCUCUCUCUCUCUCUCUCUCUCUGUCUCUCUCUCUCUCUCUCUCUCUGUCUCUCUCUCACUCUCACUCUCUCUCUCUCUCUCUCUCUCACUCUCUUUCUCUCUCUCUCCGUCCUCUCUUUCAAGUAUAACUCCUGGCGGUUGGUUGUGAGUGUAUGUGACCUCUCCCCUCUGACCUUUGACCUUCGUCUUACUGUGACCCCUCAGCAUGGCCCUGGAGAAGCUGCUAGGCUUUGUUAAGCAGCUGCUGCGUGUCAAGGUUGUGGACUGUAACAGUGAAGAUUCCCGUCUGUCCCGAUGUCUCAACACCUUCGACCUGGUGGCUUUGGGGGUGGGCAGUACUCUGGGAGCUGGGGUCUACGUCCUGGCCGGGGCCGUGGCCAGAGAGAAUGCAGGUCCUGCCAUUGUCCUGUCCUUCUUCAUCGCAGCGCUGGCCUCUGUGAUGGCUGGACUGUGUUAUGCUGAGUUUGGGGCCCGCGUCCCCAAGACGGGCUCAGCCUACCUGUACAGCUACGUCACAGUGGGAGAACUCUGGGCCUUCAUCACGGGAUGGAACCUCAUCCUCUCUUACGUUAUCGGUACCUCCAGUGUAGCACGAGCAUGGAGUGCUACGUUUGAUGAAUUGAUAGGGAAACAUAUAGAAGCCUUCUGCAGACAGUACAUGGCCAUGAAAGCCCCUGGGAUACUGGCAGAGUACCCUGACAUGUUCGCUGUGCUCAUCAUCAUCACCCUCACAGGUCUGUUGUCGUUUGGAGUGAAGGAGUCAGCUGUGGUCAACAAAGUGUUUACGUGUAUCAACGUGCUGGUGUUAUUGUUCAUGGUGGUCUCUGGACUGGUUAAAGGAACCCUGAACAACUGGCGUCUGGACCCUGAUGUCAUCUUACACAACAACUCCACACAAAACAUGACAGGGCCCUUGCCGUCGGCGGAGAGUCUAGGAGUGGGCGGGUUCAUGCCAUUUGGCUUCACCGGCGUCCUAUCAGGCGCUGCCACCUGUUUCUACGCCUUCGUGGGAUUCGACUGUAUCGCCACGACAGGUGAGGAGGUGAAGAACCCUCAGAAGGCCAUUCCCAUCGGCAUCGUGUCGUCGCUCCUCAUCUGUUUCGUGGCCUACUUCGGAGUGUCUGCUGCUCUCACCAUGAUGAUGCCCUACUACCUCCUAGACAACAACAGUCCUCUGCCUGCAGCCUUUAAAUAUGUAGGCUGGGAGGGAGCCACUUACGCUGUGGCUGUAGGGUCGCUGUGUGCUCUGUCCACCAGUCUCCUGGGCUCGAUGUUCCCUCUCCCUCGUAUAAUAUUUGCCAUGUCUCGCGACGGCCUCCUCUUCUCCUUCUUGGCCCGCAUCAGUGAGAGGAAGACACCCAUCAUGUCCACCAUAGCCGCUGGAGUCAUGUCUGCUAUCAUGGCCUUUCUGUUUGACCUGAAGGACCUGGUAGAUCUGAUGUCUAUAGGGACUCUACUGGCCUACACCCUGGUGGCAGCCUGCGUUCUGGUACUCAGGUACCAACCAGAGCAUCCCAGCUCCUCGGCCUAUCAGAUGGCCAGUACCGUGGAGGAGAUGGAGCUAAGUGACGGUAUCUCCGCCCCCAGUAUGGGCAUCCUGCCUGGUGUGAAGGAGCACUUCAGCCUGAAGACUGUCCUGUUCCCUGACAACACUGAACCCUCAGCCCUGUCCGGCUACACUGUCAACAUCACUGUCAGCCUCAUGGGCCUUCUGAUCCUGGUGUUCAGUAUACUAGCAGUGCAGGGUGGAUUUGCAGUGUGGAACAUCGUAGCUCUGACCGUCAUCUUCAUGGUGUGUGUUCUCCUCACCUUUAUCAUCUGGAGACAACCAGAGAGCAAGACCAAGCUGUCCUUUAAGGUGCCCCUGUUGCCGUUCAUCCCAGUGGUCAGCAUGUUUGUCAACGUCUACCUGAUGAUGCAGCUGGACAGAGGCACGUGGAUACGCUUCGCUGUCUGGAUGGCGAUUGGGUUUGUGAUCUACUUUGGCUACGGGAUCCACCACAGUGCUGAGGCAGCUCUGGCCAGCUCCUCUCCUGAGUCGGACGUCGAGCUGAACGACUACAUAGCCAGCCACUCACACGACAUGGAGCCCGUGUCUCCUGAGAAAGAGGCAUUUCUACAUAAUGGUCUGGAGUCCCGGGGAGAGGAGGACGGAGACCUGUAGAGUGCUAGGACCCAGCAGACACCUGUCACCCUACAUGCCACACCUUAUCACGCCGCUUUGGAACUUUUGUCUGUCUGGAACCUUUUAUCAAACAGGAUAGAACCCUCUUGGAAUGAACCGUCUCCUUUUUUGGGGAUGUGCCAUGUCGUUUUUUGAACAGGGUCCUGGCUCUUUAGACCUCUCACAGUGGCGUAUCUCACAUGUAGCUUCUCGCAGGUGUCCCUGGGUAGGGAGAAAUACAUUUCUAAUGCAGAAAAAAAAGGAGUAGAGAAAAAGAUGGAAGGAAGAGAGGAUAGACUGCUGUUUGUUCCUGAGGCCUUAUUGUGAGCUCACAAGGGGUUUCCUACUACAGACAGGAGAACCAUAUCAACCCCAGGGAAACUGAGCAGACAUCUUGGAUCUUGUCCUCCUCCAUUUUAGGGAGAGUUGGAUUGAUGUGAUGGGAGUGGGGUAGUGUAAUGUUGCUGUUGAGGACUGGGUUUGAUUGGAUCCACUGAGCACACACUGGUUAAAUCAAUGUUGUUUCCAAGUCAUUUCAAUGAAGUUACGUUGAACUAACCUGGAAUAGACGUUGAAUUGACGUCUGUGUGCAGUGAGGAUACUCUACUAGCUGGCACAUGGUUCUCUCACAGCUUAGGAAGGACUCUCACAGCUCAAAAAGGACUCUCACAGCUCAGGAAGGACUUUCGACAGCUCAGGAAGGACUCUCACAGCUCAGGAAGGACUUUCGACAGCUCAGGAAGUACUCUCACAGCUCAGGAAAGGCUCUCGACAGCUCAGGAAGGACUCUCACAGCUCAGGAAGGACUCCAUAGCUCAGGAAGGACUCUCGCAGCUCAGGAAGAACUCUCACAGCUCAGGAAGGACUCUCACAGCUCAGGAAGGACUCUCACAGCUCAGGAAGGACUAUCUGUUGGUUAACAUCCUAAUGGAUUGGUUAGGGUUAAGGUUGUGCAUUAAGGUUGUCAUUUGAGAGAUGUCAGAAAACAUCACUGAGUCACUCCGAUGACUUUUGGAACUGAGUGACUUAGAUGGCUAGCCAUGGAAACUCUGUGUGGUAAUCUUCAAGAUAAUCAUACUGUUUGAUGAGGCAUAUCUAUACUCUCAACAUUUUCAGAUGAUUGUCAAACUGCUGUCUGGAAAGGUAGACACCAGACAUGGCUCUAAUAACUACUGCUAGGAUUUUACCUUUUUGUCUAUAUGUCUAUUUCCUCUGAAACAGUGAUUAGCAUUUUUCUAGUCUGAACGGUUACAUCCUCCCCUAGCAGGAUAUAUGCUAGCUUGUUGUGAACUUCUGUUAUUGCCCUUCUCACUGUGAUGCAGUUGCUGUGGCUCACCACUAGAGGUCGCUGUGUAUCACACAACGUCAGUAGACCUUUCAAAUCAAAUGAAAUCAAAUUGUAUUCAUCACCUGCGCCGUAAGGUGUAAACCUUACAGUGAAAUGCUUACUUACAAGCCCUAAACCAACAAUGCAGUUCAAGAAAUAUAGUUCAGAAAAUAUUUACUAAAUAAACUAAAGUGAAAAAAUUAAAUAUCAAAAAGCAACACAAGAAAAUUACAUAACAAUAGUGAGGCGAUAUACAGGUGGUACCGAGUCAAUUUGGGGGGGUACCGGUACCGAGUCAAU